CCCACCCCAGCAUCACACCUCGGCUGGGAGUCCACGUACGAUCACUCAAACAUGGCAAGUAAGAAGGCCUCGAACAAGAGACAGAGGGGAGGACAGAAGGCGUGCUCCAAUGUCUUCUCCAUGUUUGAACAGUCCCAGAUACAGGAGUUCAAAGAGGCUUUUGGCUGCAUUGACCAAGACAGAGAUGGUGUUAUCAAAAAACAGGACCUGAAGGAGACUUACGGACAGCUGGGGAAGCUUAACGUCAGUGACGAGGAGCUGGACGGGAUGUUGAAUGAGGGGAAGGGUCCCAUCAACUUCACCGUGUUCCUGAGUCUGUUCGGGGAGAAACUGAAUGGUACUGACCCCGAAGACACCAUACUUGCUGCUUUCAAGCUUUUUGACCCCAAUGCGACCGGCUUUGUAAACAAGGAUGAGUUUAGACGACUACUGAUGAACCAGGCUGAUAAAUUCACAGCAGAAGAGGUGGAUCAGGCCUUCGCUCUCGCUCCUAUUGACCCGACUGGCAACAUCGACUACAAGUCGCUCUGCUACAUCAUCACACACGGAGAUGAGAAGGAGGAAUCCUAACAAGGACUGUAAUCCUACAGUGUAGUCGGGUCAUCUGAACAUCAUGAUAACUGUAUUUAAACUGGCUGGUUUCAUUCAUCAACGUGAAUGGCUGAUAGAAUAUCUGAUCCAUUUAAACUCAACUGUUCAACAGUAAUAAAUGCUGCAGUUCUAAUGGUAUUAA